CGAUUGUUAGAAAAAGAAGAGAGAGCAAAGGCAAUGUAAACAAAAAUAUGUCAUUAGCAGGGUCAGUGUAAAGUUGAGUCCAACAUUUAUCGUCAUUUCUUGUGAGGUUACGAAGAACUUGAGUAUAAGAUCUUUCAACAAUGACGGACAUUUUUUCUGUUUUUAUUUUAUGUUCCGUGUGUCCACGUAGAUAGCUGUCAAAUGAAAUUAAUGAAGUAUAUUGAGAAAUAGACCUAAUUGACAAUAGUUUGAUCAAGAUGGUUGAAGCUGGACUGAUGUUUGAAGAUAAUUUGGAUGACCAUCUUGAACAAAAUCUCCAGGCAGAUGUUGUUCAAGAAGUGCUCAAAACUGGAACUGACCUCCGGCAGUAUUCAAAACAGAUUGAAAGGAAGUUGAAAGACGCUGAAAACAAAUCAAUUCAGGAUUAUAUAAAAGAGAGCCAGAACAUUGCUAGUCUUCAUAAUCAAAUAUCAGCAUGUGAUAAUAUAUUAGAGCGCAUGGAGUCAAUGUUGUUGAGCUUCCAGUCAGAUUUGGGAAGCAUCAGCAGUGAGAUACUGUUCCUACAGAGGAAAUCAGUUGCAAUGAGCCAGCAGCUUCAUAAUCGUCAGGCUGUGAGGGCACCACUAAGUCAGUUCAUAGAUGAGAUGGCUGUUUCUGAGACGUUAAUAAAAGGAAUCCUUGAUAGUCCUGUAACAGAAGAGGAUUUUCUAACCCAGUUAACUGUACUAAAUCACAAAAUAAAUUUUGUGAAGGAGCAAAGUAUAAAAGAUGUGAAAUCAUGUCAAGAUGUGAAGGAAGUACUCGAAAAAUUAAAAAUUAAGGCAGUAACAAAAAUACGGGCAUAUCUGUUGGAGCAAGUGUACAAAUUUCGAAAACCAAUGACUAAUUACCAAAUACCACAAAAUGCAAUGUUGAAACACAAGUUUUACUACGAGUUUCUUCUGUCAAAUGAAAGAACUGUUGCACAGGAAGUACGUAGUGAAUACGUUGAUACAAUGAGCAAGAUAUAUUAUUCAUAUUUCAAAUCAUAUUCAUCACGUAUAAUGAAACUUCAGUAUGAUGAAUGUGCUACUAAAGAUGACCUUAUGGGCAUUGAAGAUACAGGACCAAAAGGUUUAUUUUAUAAAACGUCACUGAAAAAUAAAGGUACUGUAUUCACCAUUGGAAAUCGUGGUGAUGUGCUGACUUCUCAUUUGGAAGCUCCUAUUAUUGUACCACAUGCAGCUCAAAAAAACGAAAAUAAGUAUCCAUUUGAGGCCCUCUUUCGUAGUGAACAGUAUUGUCUAGUUGACAAUGCAUGCCGGGAAUAUUUAUUCUUGACAGAAUUCUUCAUGGUAAAAGGAAGCCAUGCCUUAGACCUCUUUGAUCAGAUUAUGGCAAAAACACUUAAUCUGCUUGUUAAAAACUUGGAGACAUUUGUGCAGAGCUGUUAUGAUGCAAUAGCUCUAUUUUUGUGCGCACAUCUCAUCCUGAGAUACCAGAUCAUGUGUCACAAACGUGCUGUGCCAGCUUUAGAUCAGUAUUGGGAAGCUCUUCAGAGUGCAAUAUGGCCAAGGUUUGAGUACAUAUUCCGGUUGAAUAUCAACAGUGUUCAGGACUGUGACCCAAUGAAAUUCAGUGCCAAAGAAAUGGGUCCACAUUAUAUAACAAGGCGAUAUGCUGAAUUCAGUGCAGCAAUUGUUGGCUUGAGUGAGACCUAUCCAAGUGAACUUGUAAACCGGCUGCUAGCAGAAUUGCAGGAGCAAGUAGAAUGUUUUAUUUUACGCAUGGCAGCAAUUUUUCCUCAACGGAAAGAACAGUUAAUUUUUCUUAUAAACAACUAUGACAUGGUGCUUCAAGUUCUGAUGGAGAGAACAAAGGAUAAUUCUAAGGAAGCAGAAACCUUUCGAGAACAGCUAAAUACCAGAAGUGCUGAAUACGUGGAAGAAAUACUGUCACCACAUUUUGGAGGAAUAAUUCAAUUUGUGAAAGAAGGAGAAGUGCUUCUAGAAAAGGGACAAGCAGAGGAUUUGAAGAAACAAGAAAGUAAAUCUCUCGUCCUGGUUCAAUCAUUUUCCAACAACUGGAAACGGUCACUGGAGGAAUUAAGCCAGGAAGUGUUGACAUCCUUCCCAAGCUUCGUCACAGGAUCCUCAUUGCUGCAGCUGGCACUUACACAGCUAGUGCAAUACUACCAUCGUUUCCACAAACUUCUUACACCUAACGCUCGUUCUCAGUUGACUAACAUCCAUCACAUUAUGGUUGAAAUUAAAAAAUACAAAACAAAUUUUUGAAUUCCUUGUAUAAUAAAUCACUAUUUAUUUAGAA